AUGUUUCGAUUCCUGAAUGUUCAAGUCUGCCGAGGCCUUUUUCUUCUUAUCCUGACUACGAUAGUUUUUUACACUUUCACAGAACGACCUACAGUUGAAAACAUUCCUCAAAGCGGCGCUGAGAACGGCCUGUCCGCCUCAGUGCCGAGACGAGGAGCUCCACCACCUCCGCCGAGCGACGCUCGCGACUGUACAUUCGAUCUUCCAAAGAAUUUAAUCAUUCACCCGAUCCGAGACGAGCUGGAGGGUUUACUCCUCAAUCUCUUCUAUCGAAUCGGUCUUUACGAGGAUGCUCAGUUUUUGCUACCAAAGACGGUAUCAGAUUUCAACGAGGCCGAAGAAAGCGAUUUGCGAAUAAUUUUCUGCUUCGAGUCUUGUAGUUUUCUCUUCAACUCAGAUGUUAUUCCGCGUUUCACUGUUACAGCUCUAUCUAACCCGCUUCUGUCAUCCACGUCAUCUUCUACUCCGAACCCGAUCGCCAAGGCCUUUGACUUUGACCCGAGCAACACAGAUGAAGGAUACAUCCAGUCAGUGGUAGUCAUCCUCAAAUCGAGGCUAGACUUCGUCAUAAUCCGCGAGCAUUUGUUAGAGAGCUUGAUUUACCUCCGUCACAAGUUGUGUCUCGAUUGGGAAGAUGUGCUCAAUCUGGACAAAGUUCCCCUCUUGAAAAGCUUGAAGACACAAGAAGUCGAGCAGACGAAUACUCUUGACUGGAGAAUCUACAACUAUUUUAACGAAACUCUCUGGGACUUAUUGGAUUCUGAAAUACGCGAUUUGGAAAAGGAACGCGAUGCUUUUCUCUUUCAUCUGAAUCGAAUGAAUUCUGUCUGCUCGAAUCUCGCUUUGGCCAGCUCAAGCGACAAGGACUUUUGCGACGAGCUCAGCCUCACUGGUGAGAAUAUUCUUCGUUUGUUAACUAACUGA